GGAAGAACAUUGUUCUCAGACCCUGAGAAAUCUGGACUCCUGAAGUGUGCUACCAAAAGGACUAUAAGGAGACUUGUAGCUUCCUUGCAAUUACUAUUUUGGUGUUUGUACUUUUCUUACUUUUUCUGUGGUUUUAGAGCAAGAAACACCAUGAGCACAACUCAACGAAAGCGCCGUGGAGGAACAGUUAAUUCCAGGCAAGCUUGGAAACGAAACAGGCUGAUGGCUUCUACUGCAGAAAUGGCUUCAGAAGCUGAGCCAAUAGAACUUGAAGAAAGCGCUGGUGAAGAAGUAGUAGAUCUCACAUGUGAAUCUUCUGAACCUGUAGUCGUUGAUCUAACUCACAAUGAUUCUGUUGUGAUUGUUGAAGAGAAUCAACGACAAAGGAGAAAUCUUAGACUAAGAAGCCAGCGACAGUCUGACAGCUGUGUACUGAGUAGUGAUGAUGAAGAUGAAACAAGAGAUAACGAUGUGUACAUGACAGAUAAAGUGUCUCAAGAAUUGGGAUCACUGGAAGAUGAAACUGCAAGUUCAAAGCCGUCUGGUACCGUUAGCUGUCCGAUUUGCAUGGAUGGCUACUCGGAGAUUGUGCAGAGUGGACGUCUGAUUGUGUCAACCAAGUGCGGCCACGUUUUCUGCAGCCAGUGCCUCCGCGAUUCCCUUAGGAAUGCCAACUCCUGCCCAACCUGCAGGAAGAAACUCACUCACAGACAAUAUCAUCCCAUUUAUAUAUGAGUACUUGUGUUUCUCAGGACAGACUCAACUGGAUUUUUGGGGAAAAUGUCAUGUUUUCAGUGCUCUGAAGAUUUAAAGAGCAGCAGGUUGUGCACACAUCCAAAUAAAAGUGGGUUUUUUUGAGAAUGACUUGUACAUAUAUAGACCGCUUUUUUUAUGGUCCAAGCUGCUGCUUGUCAUGUCCCUCAUUCUAGUGUUAAAUUAGGACUGUCUCUAAACUAGACCAGCAGCCUAUAUCAGAAAGGAAGCAGCUAAUCCAUUUCCUUCUACUUUUUUAAUGCUUAAAUAAGAGGGGUCUGAAUAUUUUGUUAUUUCUCACUCUUUAAAUUAUUCCCACCAUCUCAUACAGAUAUGGAAUAGUUAGCGCUCAGAAUACAGAUGAGCAAUUUGCCAUUUCAUUACACUUUUCUUUUUAUCCUGUAAGAAGCUCAUGACUGUAUUGCUUUCUGCUAUACCAUCUUUGCCCGAGUAUGUUCUGUAAUGAUGAAUUGUUUUAUCAUCAGUCAAUAUCAAAUUGACAGCCACAGUAAUGCAAUAAAAUAACUUGCUGUUAACCAGCAAUCCGUUUUUUUAAGCAGAAGGCUUGAACAUGUAGAUGUCUUUAUGAACUCCAUGAGAUCAAAAGAACGUAGACAGAUUGCAGUGUGUACAAUGUGAAAAUACUUCUUUGAAUGUUUUAACUGCCAUGAAUUCCUGUAUUUAAACCACAACACUGAAUCUCUUUUCUAACAUGAUGAGAUGGUCUCUUGGGUUUACUACUAUUCUAUUGCGCUCUCUCAUGAUAACUAAAGAGGACAUAGUCUUCUCUAGGCUUGCUAGUGAUGAAUGAGAAGCAAAUUCUAUGCUGUCCUCUUGUCAGCUGAAUACCAAACUACCUACAGAUCUUCUUACAGUAUCAAGUGUACCCAGCAUCAUGCUUAAAGUUCUGUGUGUUCACUUUGCUGUUCUCUUCACUUGUUAUACUGACACCUGACUGUUUUUUCCCUGGUGUAUAGAAUUAAAAUGUAUUGCCAUGGGUUUAGGAAGUGGAGGCUUUAAAAGAUGUUUGGUAUCAAUCUUGACUUGGCAGCUUUUGAGAGAGAAGUUUAAUCUCCCUUUGCCUUGAGGGUUGUCCAGCUUCCUUUAAAUGUGCAUUUUUAAGAAAGAAGUCAGAUACAUGUCCUAAGAGAGAGAAAAUUCCCCUAUCAAAGCAGGAAUACAUAGGUUUAUGCAGUCCCCCCCUUUUUAUUUUUUUCCAGGACUGAGUUAGAAAUGUCUGCUUUAAACCUGUUACAGAUAAAAUCUGCAAGCUGAUGUGGAACCCCAGGUGAGGUGAUAUAAACAGUAUGUAAUUACAGUAAUUACAUGUAGGUGAGAUGAUAAAAAAAGAGUAUGUUAUGAUCCACAUCUGCAGUAGCUGCAUCUGUGAAAAAGUCCAAAAUUAAAUUUGGACACUGUUGACAGUCAGUUGGUUAUGAAAACCACUAGAAGCACCACUCUGGUGCAGCACAGUUGUAGGCUGCGUUUACUUAACAUUGGUAUCUGAUGUGUUUGCUAACCUGUCCGAGGGGUCUGUAGGAAGCCUUCAGCUAAAGCAGCUCUUCUAAUUAGCUGUCUCAAGUUCUGCAUUGAAGAUUACAACCCAAAACUCAAGGUUUUUUUUAAUUAGGAUGUUGGGGGAUGCUUCUAGAUGUAGUAAUACAGACAAGAGUUUUGUUCCAUCAAGGUUAGUUUAAGGAAUGCGAUACCUUCCCACCCUGGUUUGGAAUAGCCUUGGUUUGGUGCUCUUAUCCGGAAUAUGCAGUUUCUGCAUUGUGGCAGUAUAACUGCUAAAAAGUUACACAUGUUGAGUUACUGUGUGCUCCCAUUGGUAAUACAACCUACAAGCAAGGACUACAGCAGUCUUAGAGUAGUGCAGUGACAAGGGCUGGCAUUCGAGUCCCAAAAAGCAGAUAACCGAUGAAACAAUGCUAAAGAUUGCUUAAAGCGUUAAUUGCAUGAAGAGAAGCAGCCCAACAUUAAAACUGUCAGGAUACUUAAGGGCCACAGAAACAGCUUUCUGCUGUUUCUGGUACUUAAAGGGGGGGGG